UUUCAUUAUUAUCAGUCAUCGACUUGUUUCAUCCCGUCAUUAAUAUUGACCGCUGACACUGCUCGGGGAUAUUUCUCAUCCACGGUAAUCCAGAUAUCUACAUAAUGUUUUGAAAGGAUGCCCUGUGGAGACCGUAGACACCGCCAGGCCUCAUUUUCAGGUGGUAACCUCAUAAGGUCCGAAGAAUAUCCCAACAGAAAUCGGGAUGGUUCUGCUUUCAGCGAGGCUCUCGGGAAUAGGACUCAAAAUGUGCAAUGAAUGGCUCGGUGGAUCCUAAGGCAUCAAUCUUCGUUAUUUUGGUCGCAUGACGAAGCCGCUACACAGGCUUUCUCAUGGCCUGCCCGUCGGUAUAUAAGAUAUACCCGCCCAGAAAUCUUGCAAUCUUCAAUCCAACCGACGAGCACUAAACGACUCUGGUUCCAGUUGAACAUGAUGAUUCCAAAGAAGACUACCGUUCUUGUUGUCGGAGGUGGACCGGGCGGAUCGUACGCCGCCGCCGUCUUGGCCAGAGAGAAUAUCGAUGUAACCGUCCUUGAAGCUGAUAAAUUUCCCAGGUACCAUGUCGGCGAGAGUCAACUCGCCGCUUUGAGACAUUUUCUACGCUUCAUCGACCUCGAAGAAGAAUUUGAUGCCUUCGGUUUUCAGCGCAAAGUCGGUGGUGGCUUCAAAAUGAACAAACAUAAGAGAGAAGGAUAUUCCGACUUCAUAUCUCACGACCCGAAGAAUUAUUCCUGGCAUGUUAUACGGUCAGAUUCCGAUCAGCUGAUGCUUCGCUAUGCUAGCCGCGUUGGCGCCAAAGUUUUCGAGGAAACCAAAGUCACGGACGUUGAAUUUGACGUAGCCGGGGAGGGCCAGGAGGCACGGCCCGUUGCUGCAGUGUGGUUAGGGAAGGACGGUUCCACAGGUCGAAUUUACUUCGACUAUAUCAUCGAUGCUAGUGGACGAGCCGGAAUUCUUUCAACCCGAUAUCUGAAGAAUCGGGAGUUCAAUGAUAAAUUGAAGAACGUCGCCUUUUGGGGUUACUGGACUGGGGCGGGUCGUUACAUGGCUGGUACUCCCCGAGAGGACUCCAUUUUUGUUGAAGCAUUGACAGACGAGACUGGUUGGGUAUGGUUCAUUCCUUUGCAUGACGGCACGACCUCCGUGGGCGUUGUGAUGGACCAAGAGAAAUCCAACGUUAGUAGAGCAGCUGUCAAAGCGGCGGGAGGGAAUGGUUCUUUGAAUGCUCACUACCUCAGACAACUCAAGCUUGUCCCGGCUAUUCAGGAACUGAUGGGUGAUGCCAAACUCGUCAAGAAGCCUGAUGCUCCCCUUGUUAGUAGCGCCAGUGACUAUAGCUACGCUGCCCGAUAUCAUGCGGGUCCGAGGUACCGAAUAAUUGGAGAUGCAGGAGCUUUCAUUGACCCGUUUUUCUCUUCCGGUGUUCAUCUUGCAGUAUCUGGGGGACUUUCGGCUGCAGCCACUAUCUGUGCUACGAUGAAGGGAGAAUGUUCGGAACUCGACGCUGCUCGAUGGCAUACUACCAAAGUCAACAGCUCAUAUACACGAUUUCUCCUGGUAGUCCUCAGCGCUUACCAUCAAAUCCAGUCUCAGGAUUCUCCCAUCCUGUCUGCCCAGGAAGAUGAUAAUUUCGACUUUGCAUUCGAUUUCUUCCGUCCCAUCAUUCAAGGCAAUACAGAGUCCGGUAGGAAAUUCGCCGAUGAUGACCUAGGAAAGACAAUAGAAUUCCUAGGUAAACAUGUCUUUGAACCGUCAUACCCGGAGCAGAGAGCAGAGUUAGUGUCGCUCUACGGAGACCAGCUCGAUGUUGUUCCCAAGUUGCGUGUACCUGGGGAGGAUGAUGCCCAGGCAGAGUCCAAGGCGAUCCUCAAACAUAUGGCUGUUCAGAAGUUGAUUAGGAUGGAGGAUGUCGCUCAUAUCGGGAAUUAUGUUUCUGAUGUUUUUGAAGGAUAUAGGCUGAGGCUGAAGCGUGGUGAGUUGGGCUUGGAUAAAGCCGCCUGAAUAUGUUGGAUAUUUACCAUUUAGUCCGUUAUUAUGAACCUACGUCACUGCAUAACUUGUAAGCGCCUAAAUAAUGAGAAUCUUUCUU